AUGUCGGGCGCUGCGGCUGGCGGAGCCAGCACCUCUGCCUCUGCCCUUGGUGGCCUUGGAGGGUCAUUAGAAGACAAAGACUGUGACCUACUCUGCCCAGUCUGCUUUGAACUGAUCGACGAAGCGUAUGUCACCCGAUGCGGUCACUCCUUCUGCUACACUUGCAUUGCGAAGUCUGUAGAACUGCACCGACGAUGUCCAAAAUGUGGGGCAGCCUUAGCUGGUCGAGAUCAUUACUUCCCAAACUUUUUGCUCAAUGAAUUAGUGGCCCGACGAAGGUUGAGAAGCCGGCCACCAGUCACUAGUGGUCCAGCAGCAGCGUCUCCCGGUGCUGAUACAGAAAGAUUAAGAGCACUUCUCGCGUCCGAAGCAAGACAUUUGGCGUUGCCAGAUGUGGAAGGGAUGCUGGAUGUCUUAACGAGAAGAAAGAGAUUGUUAGAAGCAGAAUCCGCGGCAGCUCACCACAGAUUGCUAUAUGAGUUUCUCGCUCAGCUGCUAAGGCAUAGAACGCAUCAGUUGGACCAAUUGGCAAGAGAAGCUGCGCUCGUUAAAAAAGACAUGGAGCAUGUAGCGGGCGUUCUAAGGGAGCUACGACAGGGGGCUGCGGAGUUGGGACGUCUCCCGUCGCCGUCCGAACCUACGUCCAUGGUCGAAUCUGUGCGGGACGUGCGCCCGAGACUGGGCGAGCUUGGCGAGACAGCACCGAGAAGCCCACCAAAUGAGGAAGAGGAAAGUUUCGCUAGUGGUGCGGGGAAUGGCGGGGACGCGCUCGCGGCGCGCUGGAGGCGCCUCGCUGCUCACUUUGAUGAUUUUGUACAGUGCUACUUCGCCCACCGCGCCGACGAGCUGUACUUCCCCGGGUCGGGGGCGGCGACGCCGGCGCAGCCCGCGCCCUGCGGCGCCGCCGACGCCGACCCCGUGCCCCAGCAGGCCUCCGCCCCCGAGACCAGGGCGUCCAGUGCGAUGGGUGAUCAACGAGCACCAGAAAGCGAGCCACAACCAACUAGCGCCGCCAACAGUGUGCCGCAAUCCGCCCCCGCCCCAAGCGUGGGCGGAGCGCCCAGCGUGGUGGGCGGGGGUGAGGGCGGCUUUGGAGGUCUAGAAGCAUUCAGGGAAGACCUAGCUGCCUUCACCCGCUACCGAGCCCUCCGCCCUCUCGCAACCCUCUCAUACUGCAGCGACGCAAUUAAUUACUCAACAAUAGUGUCAACGAUAGAGUUCGAUAAGGACGAUGAGUUUUUCGCGAUCGCCGGUGUCACCAAACGUAUUAAAGUGUUCGAAUUCGAAGCGGUAGUUCGUGAUGCGGUGGACGUACAUUACCCGUGUGCUGAAAUGCAGUGUUCUCAUAAAAUAUCGUGCGUCUCGUGGAAUGCUUACCACAAACAUGUGCUAGCGUCUUCUGAUUACGAAGGUACAGUUAGUGUGUGGGAUGCUAAUACGGGAGUUCGCACCAGAUCUCUCCAAGAACACGAUAAGAGAUGCUGGUCAGUCCACUUUAACCGAGCUGAUGUGAGACUCUUGGCUUCAGGGUCUGAUGAUGCAAGGGUCAAGCUCUGGUCUCUCAAUGCUGAACGUUCAGUGGCCACCCUGGAAGCUAAAUUCAAUGUGUGCUGCGUCAGAUUCAACCCAAGAUCCUCAUGUCAUUUAGCAUUUGGUUCGGCAGACCAUUGUGUUCAUUAUUAUGAUCUCCGAGCGCCCAGGGCUCCGUUAGCGGUCUUCAGGGAUCACAGAAAAGCGGUUUCGUACGUCAAAUUCGUCGAUGCCCGCACACUAGUAUCGGCUUCAACGGAUUCCCAAUUAAAAUUAUGGAGGGUAGAAUCACCACGCUGUGUCCGGUCCUUCACCGGUCAUACAAAUGAGAAGAACUUCGUCGGCCUAGCAACGGAUGGUCGAUAUGUGGCAUGUGGAUCGGAGAACAAUGCCCUAUACGUGUAUUACGCUGGUCUGUCACGUCCGUUACUGGCAUACCGUUUUGAUGCAGUAAGAGGUUUCUUAGAACGGGAGCGUCGUGAUGAGGAGCCCGCAGAGUUUGUAUCUGCUGUGUGCUGGCGUCGGUCCCCGGAACGCCCCGCCCUCCUCGCUGCUAAUAGCCAAGGCACCAUUAAAGUACUUGAAUUGGUU